AUGCGGAAGACGCUGCCGGCGCUGCUGCCGGCGCUGCUGACGCUGCUGCUCCUGGACGUUGCAGGCGACGAGGGUCAGGCGGGAAGGCGGCACGCUUGGUUUGAUCAUCAGGCCAACCGGAACCGGCCGUUUUCCUGGUCCGGAGCAGUCUGCUGUCGGGAGGCGCUGGUGCCUCGCUGCGUCGCCACGUGCAAGCGCGCCGCUUCUGCCGCCGACCUGCGCCGCUCAGGCCACUGCCGGCCCUCGCACGAGGCAGAGCUGUUCCGCUGCCUCAGCGACCGCAAGCGGGCUAAGGGCAGCAACGGGGACGGACUAGGUGAAGACGAGGACUUAUCUAAAGCGAAGCAGUGCUGCGCCGCCGCCGAGACCGCGCCGUGCCGCGCCGUCUGCGCAGAGUCGGAGGCGGCGUCGGCCGUCGGCCGGCCCGGGCCGUCCCAGCGCCUGCAGGGGAGCGCCUGCAGCAAGGAUGCAGCGUUCCGAUCGUGCGUGGGCGUUGAGCCGCCGGCGCCGGCGCGGCCGCUCUACCGGCUGGAGCUGCUCUGCUGCUCCCUGGCGGACACGGCCCCGUGCCGCCGACUCUGCAGAGACGCCUACAGCCUCGGCUGGCACCUGCAGGGACCGAGCUUCGAGCUCGAGUGCCUCAGCAGCGAAUACGGCGAGCCUCGCCUACGCCGCUGCGUCAGAGACGCGGAGGUGCCCUGCCAGCCCAACUCGGGCCGACUACGUUUCUGUCGCGACUUCACGGCCAGCAGCACGGGCCUGUACCGUCAUUGGGACCAGGAGUCCGACGACAAAGCCAAAAUGCAGUACAUUGAGUGGAUGCGGUCGGGAAAAUUUGGCGUGCCGUUCCGGAACCUGUCCAUCGUGACGACGGGCCAGUGUCGGGCGGAGCUGCGGCGGCUGGCCUGCUUCCUGCAGCUGCAGCCGUGCCGGGCGGAGGACCAUUCGGUGGGCGACGUCUGCAGCGCGGCGACGUCGCGCGCGGCCGUUUCCUGGUCCGGAGCAGUCUGCUGUCGGGAGGCGCUGGUGCCUCGCUGCGUCGCCACGUGCAAGCGCGCCGCUUCUGCCGCCGACCUGCGCCGCUCAGGCCACUGCCGGCCCUCGCACGAGGCAGAGCUAUUCCGCUGCCUCAGCGACCGCAAGCGGGCUAAGGGCAGCAACGGGGACGGACUAGGUGAAGACGAGGACUUAUCUAAAGCGAAGCAGUGCUGCGCCGCCGCCGAGACCGCGCCGUGCCGCGCCGUCUGCGCAGAGUCGGAGGCGGCGUCGGCCGUCGGCCGGCCCGGGCCGUCCCAGCGCCUGCAGGGGAGCGCCUGCAGCAAGGAUAAAGCGUUCCGAUCGUGCGUGGGCGUUGAGCCGCCGGCGCCGGCGCGGCCGCUCUACCGGCUGGAGCUGCUCUGCUGCUCCCUGGCGGACACGGCCCCGUGCCGCCGACUCUGCAGAGACGCCUACAGCCUCGGCUGGCACCUGCAGGGACCGAGCUUCGAGCUCGAGUGCCUCAGCAGCGAAUACGGCGAGCCUCGCCUACGCCGCUGCGUCAGAGACGCGGAGGUGCCCUGCCAGCCCAACUCGGGCCGACUACGUUUCUGUCGCGACUUCACGGCCAGCAGCACGGGCCUGUACCGUCAUUGGGACCAGGAGUCCGACGACAAAGCCAAAAUGCAGUACAUUGAGUGGAUGCGGUCGGGAAAAUUUGGCGUGCCGUUCCGGAACCUGUCCAUCGUGACGACGGGCCAGUGUCGGGCGGAGCUGCGGCGGCUGGCCUGCUUCCUGCAGCUGCAGCCGUGCCGGGCGGAGGACCAUUCGGUGGGCGACGUCUGCAGGUCGGACUGUAUGCGCCUGUCGGAGCGCUGCCUGACGCCAUCCAGUGGCGGCGUGGUGGACAUUGCCGCCUUCUGUUCGCUUAUGGCCCAACCGGACCCUGACUGCGUCCGCAUGCCACCGCCAGAGGCGCUCUCGUCGGUACACUACCAGACCAGCAGUCCGUGUCUGCCGUCGCCGUGCGGACCCGGCGAGGUUUGCAGGGUCGGCCACCAGAACCAAUCCAGGCGUGUCUGCCGACCAGGUGCGGCUUCAGGCCACUGGAGGGCCGCAUAG